AUCAUGGCGGAUCAGAGGGACAAGACUCUUCAGGACUACAGGAAAAAACUGCUGGAGCACAAAGAAAUAGAUGGACGUUUAAAAGAACUACGAGAGCAGCUGAAAGAACUCACAAAGCAAUAUGAGAAAUCUGAAAAUGACCUGAAGGCCUUACAGAGUGUUGGACAGAUUGUCGGUGAAGUUCUCAAACAACUGACGGAAGAGAAAUUCAUUGUCAAGGCCACUAAUGGACCACGCUAUGUUGUUGGCUGCCGAAGACAGCUGGAUAAGACCAAGCUGAAACCUGGCACCCGCGUUGCUUUAGACAUGACCACACUGACUAUAAUGAGGUAUCUGCCCAGAGAAGUGGACCCACUAGUGUACAACAUGUCUCACGAGGACCCUGGAAGUGUUUCAUACUCAGAGAUUGGUGGCUUGUCUGAACAGAUUCGUGAACUCAGAGAGGUGAUUGAGUUACCCCUCACCAACCCUGAACUCUUCCAGCGAGUGGGCAUCAUUCCCCCAAAAGGAUGCCUUUUGUAUGGACCUCCAGGGACUGGAAAGACUCUUCUUGCAAGAGCCGUUGCAAGUCAGCUUGACUGCAACUUUCUCAAAGUGGUAUCCAGCUCUAUAGUGGAUAAGUACAUUGGUGAGAGUGCCAGACUGAUUAGGGAGAUGUUCAAUUACGCAAGGGAUCAUCAGCCGUGCAUCAUCUUCAUGGAUGAAAUCGAUGCCAUAGGUGGGCGUAGGUUUUCUGAAGGCACAUCUGCUGACAGAGAGAUCCAGAGAACAUUGAUGGAGCUGCUGAACCAAAUGGAUGGUUUCGACACCCUGCACAGAGUGAAAAUGAUAAUGGCCACAAACCGCCCAGAUACACUCGACCCGGCUCUGCUCCGUCCAGGAAGACUGGACCGCAAAAUCCACAUUGAGCUACCAAAUGAGCAAGCACGUCUGGACAUCCUGAAGAUCCACUCUGGGCCAAUUACUAAGCAUGGAGAUAUAGAUUACGAGGCAAUCGUCAAGCUCUCUGACGGGUUUAACGGAGCGGAUCUGAGGAAUGUUUGCACUGAAGCUGGUAUGUUUGCUAUCCGCGCCGAUCAUGAGUACGUGACUCAGGAGGACUUCAUGAAAGCCGUGCGUAAGGUGGCAGACUCAAAGAAGCUGGAAUCCAAACUAGACUACAAGCCCGUGUAACAUAUGUGAUCUAGUCAAUAUGGUGACAGAACCAGCCACAUCCUGAACCAGCUCCGUAUUUCACAAAUAUAAGCAAUUGUCUUUGUUACUAAAGUAAUCUGAGAUUGAUUUCAACAGCGUUCCUUAUAGUACUGUGUGUGAGAAGAUAAAAAAAAAGAACAAUGACUUAUACCUGUAAAUGUAUAAAUCAGUCUGUACAUGUAUAAACUCAUCUUUCAUGUUCAUAUGAGUAGGCUGUUAUUGUAAAUGUCAAAGACACAGUCUUUAAUAGAGUGCAGUUGGGGAUGUAUUGUGACAUACUGGCAUGUGUUUUGACAGGGGAGUGUGGUGUUUUAUGAGAUUAAGGUUUGGAAUAGGGUCACAGCUUUCAUUGUGGUUGUAUUAAAUAAAACUUGUGUACGGUUAAGCCCAUGUCACGGUCACAGGCGGCAGUUACGCCCCAGUCCAUAAUCUGCUGCUGCUCAUUACUUUGAUGUUGUCAGAGGCAUUUUGGAAGAGUUCUGAGAUGU